GUAAAAUACGAAUGGCGGCUACGUAAAUGAUAAAAAAGUGGUCAAUUUGGAAAAGUUAUAUUACAAUUUAGUGAUUGUAAGUGGAAACUCAACGAUACUUGUCCUAAAGUGGUUUUUAGUAAGUUGUAGACAAUAAGGAAUGCUACCGCUUGGUACAACACCAGCGGUACAUGGACAAAAUAAUAUGCAGGCUAGUACACAAAAUUCUUCAUUAACACCCACAGGUUCUUCUAAUAAGUCUAAUAGCAGUUCAUUGAAACCGAAUUAUACCUUAAAAUUUACUCUUGCUGGGCAUACAAAAGCAGUUUCAUCUGUUAAAUUUAGCCCAAACGGUGAAUGGUUGGCAAGUUCCUCUGCUGAUAAACUUAUCAAAAUUUGGGGAGCCUAUGAUGGUAAAUUUGAAAAGACAAUAUCAGGCCAUAAACUUGGAAUAAGUGAUGUAGCAUGGUCAAGUGAUAGCAGAUUGUUAGUGUCUGCAAGUGAUGACAAAACAUUGAAAAUAUGGGAACUGUCUUCUGGAAAAUGCCUUAAAACAUUGAAAGGACAUAGCAAUUAUGUUUUCUGCUGCAAUUUUAAUCCCCAAUCUAAUCUUAUAGUAUCAGGUUCCUUCGAUGAAUCAGUUCGUAUUUGGGAUGUACGGACAGGAAAAUGCUUAAAAACCCUUCCUGCUCAUUCUGACCCUGUUAGUGCNUAA